AUGGAAGCCGCAAAAGAAGCCGUCCAGAAAGUCACCCACCCAGCAUCUGGUGAUAAAGGCGGCACCACCCAAGACAAGCCCGGUCUCGAGCGAGACAUGGCACCAAAGCCUACCAAGGUCCAUCUCCAGCACUCAGAGGAAGGGCAAGCCCCCUACAUCCCGUGUGGGAAGCUCAAAGGCAAGAAUGCCGUGAUUACUGGCGGAGACUCUGGAAUUGGUCGAUCUGUGGCAAUUCUUUUUGCCAUGGAAGGGGCCAAAGUGGCAGUCGUAUACCUACCCGCCGAAGAAGAAGAUGCACAGCACACAAAAGCCCAGGUAGAAAAGAAUGGAGGGGAGAUUGUCCUCAUUGCCAGCGACUUGAGCCACUCAAUCAACUGCACCGACGUGGCAGAAAGGAUCAAAGCCGCAUUUGGCACGGUCGAUAUUCUAGUAAACAAUGCCGCUACUCGAAACGAACAGGGCACCAUUUCCGACAUCUCCGAGGAACAAUGGGCGUCUACUUUCCGCGUUAAUAUCGAUUCCUACUUCUAUCUAACCAAGGCUAUUUUGCCUUUUAUGGCCAAAAACGGCUCCAUCAUCAAUAGCGCUUCGGUAGACUCGUAUAUUGGUGUUCCCAGCAGACUCGACUACGCCACCACCAAGGGUGCCAUUAUCGCCUUCACUCGCUCCUUGUCCAAUCAUCUUAUCAAGAAGGGCAUACGUGUGAAUGCCGUUGCCGCUGGACCAGUUUGGACCCCAUUGGUUGCUUCAGGUGUGGAAAAGCCCGGGCAGCAUGGACAUGGGUUGGGGAAUUGGACGCCAAUGGAUAGAAUUGGCCAGCCAGUUGAGAUUGCCACCAGCUACGUCUUCCUCGCGGAGAAUGGCAGUCAGUUUAUGAGUGGGCAGACACUACAUCCCAACGGAGUCGCGAAGCAUCAUCGGAUUGACAGAAGACAGCCAUCAUUCCGGUUCUCGACUGAUAUGGGAAAUGCUUGUACGCUUAGAGAACUGGCAUGGCGUUUUACAUGGUACUAUUUCGUCUGCUUUUCAUCACGCCGCAACUCCUUUGCUACCGAAAUCAUCGGCCCACAAAUCAUACUUGAGACUCCUUUCUCUGUCUCUAUUUGCUUAUUCCACCAUCUAUCUGAUGAUUGUGACGAUGAGGCGGCUGCUCAUUACACUGAGUGCUGUUCGUCGCUUUCAGCAGACCGCAUACUGGAUCCCCUCACCAACAGAUCAAAGCGGCAAGCCAACGUCCGAUCCUGUCCCGGACGUUAUCUGAACUAUCCACUGCUGAUUUCGUGCUCUGAUACCAACUUGAGUCUUCUCAUGGCUAGAUUAUUGAAUUUGUUCCGUCAUAGGGAUGCUUUCGCCGCUCGUCAGAAAGCUCCCGCUGCCGCCAAAGGCAGCGUGAAGGCAGGCCAAGACAACGAGGAUACCGUUUUCACGAGUGGUGCAUAG